AUGGAAAAUAAUACCGAACAUUCAGAUCAAAACAACUUUAGUCCACUAUCAGUGCAAGAAGUAGACGUAGAUUUUUUGCCCAUUGUGUAUGAAAUCAUAAGAAGCGUGGAAAGGGAUUUUCAUGAUAAUUCGGCUAAAGCAAGAGAAUCGCAGGAUUGCAGCCAAAAGGUAUUAGAGUUACAAAAGAAAUUCGACGUAGCACGCGCGCAGAUAAAGAGAUUACCUGGCAUAGACUAUAAUAAACAGGACCAGCUGAAGCAGUUUGAGAUUCUCAAGACUCAGUUAAGGCUGAAACGUGAAUUAUUGCAGAAGUAUCGUAACAUGUGUUCCUUUGAAACAUCAUUCAAGUGA